CAUCGCUAGCCGCUAUGCGCUCGCGCUAAGCUGUUUGGAAAGGCACCCCUUCUCCUAAAAAAGGACCAAAAAGUUCCCUCUUUCAGCACAAUAUAGUUUGUUUAAAGGUUUAGUUGCGGCCAAAAAGCAUCACAGUUCCUUCUUUGUCUGUUGUGAGGAGUGACUGAGAGGAUUCACUCGGCCUUUGUUGGCAGGGGCAUCCCACAGAAUUCCAAGCAUCUGCCAAGUGCUCAGUUCUGGAAGUCUUCAACAAGUUACCUCUUCUAAUUAGUUUCACACUCCAAAUGCGGAUGGGCUAUGAGGAGUCUGAGAUCAGCAUGCAGUGUUAAAGCUGUACUUAAUCACUGUGUGGAGUGCUGAACAUUUUUAGGGAUGGCAUGAGUGAACAGUCCUCCUCCAAACACAAGGUCAAGCUUCAUAAGGGACGUCAGAGGGGAUAAAGCUGGCCAUGUCACGGGUCCCAACCCCCCCUCCCCCGGGGGAGAUGACAUCAGGACCUGUGGCAGAGAGCUGGUGUUACACACAGGUUAAAGUCGUGAAGUUCUCCUACAUGUGGACUAUAAACAACUUCAGUUUCUGCCGAGAGGAGAUGGGGGAGGUUCUGAAGAGCUCCACCUUCUCUUCUGGUCCCAAUGACAAAAUGAAGUGGUGUUUAAGAGUGAACCCAAAGGGACUAGAUGACGAAAGUAAAGAUUAUCUCUCCCUUUACUUACUGCUUGUGAACUGUCCAAAAAGUGAAGUACGAGCAAAGUUCAAGUUCUCCCUAUUGAAUGCCAAAAGAGAAGAAACUAAAGCCAUGGAAAGCCAAAGAGCCUAUCGCUUUGUACAGGGAAAGGACUGGGGCUUCAAAAAAUUUAUUAGACGAGAUUUCUUGCUUGAUGAAGCAAACGGGCUACUACCAGAUGACAAGCUUACUCUUUUCUGUGAGGUGAGUGUGGUGCAGGACUCUGUGAACAUCUCGGGCCAGUCUAACAUGAACAUGCUAAAGGUGCCCGAGUGCCAGCUGGCCGAUGACCUAGGCAACCUGUGGGAAGGCUCCAGGUUCACUGACUGCAGUCUGUUUGUUGGAGGACAAGAGUUCAAAGCACACAAAUCAAUACUGGCAGCGAGGUCACCGGUCUUCAAUGCUAUGUUUGAACACAAAAUGGAAGAGAGUAAAAAGAAUCGUGUUGACAUCAGUGAUGUUGAACCAGACGUGUUUAGAGAGAUGAUGGUCUUCAUAUACACAGGCAAAGCUCCAAACCUGGAGAAAAUGGCCGAUAACCUGUUAGCUGCAGCAGACAAGUAUGCUCUGGAGAGAUUGAAGGUGAUGUGUGAGGAGGCUUUGUGUAACAGUCUGUCUGUGGAGAAUGUGGCAGACAUCCUCAUUCUGGCAGACCUGCACAGUGCAGAGCAACUCAAAGCACAAGCCAUAGACUUCAUCAACAGAUGCAGUGUUCUCAGACAAUUGGGCUGUAAAGAUGGAAAGAACUGGAAUAGCAAUCAUGCAGCAGAUAUAAUGGAGACGGCAGGAUGGAAGGCUAUGAUUCAGUCGCAUCCUCACCUAGUGGCCGAAGCUUUCCGUGCGCUCGCCUCCGCCCAGUGCCCUCCAUUUGGCCUCCCCAGGAAACGGCUAAAGCAGUCCUGACCUUCGCCACCACAGACUUUACAAAGACACGACACGUAGGGAGGCAACCAUCCCACCCAGCCCUGUUAUCCCUUUUUACCCCCAACCUAACUGCCCGCUCGCUCAGAGCUCCAUUGGAGGACUACACUGGCCCCACAGUGCAUUUUGCUCACUGCAGAGGAUGAAGGGACCCACUUCAAAAUGGCUUCCUCCAAGCCGCCUUCACUCCGGGCUCCUGCAGCUCCGCUCAGUCACGUGUCUUUUGAGAAAUGGCCUUAAAGGACAUGCCUACCCCGCCCCUUCCGCUGUGGUGUCUCUCCGUGUGACUGUGUGCCUGCUGCGCCUCUACCCAGGCCUGUCCAGAUUGCACUAACUCUCUCAUAACGCAGUAGUUUUAAAGUGAUGUUUAGGACCCUCGUCUGUUAAAUGUUUUCAUCCAGGGCACGUUAGCUGACAUCCAGGAUGUUAUGCCCUAUCUGUGAUUUGACAUUUCAAAAAAAAAAAGGAAGAAAAGAAAAAGAGUGAGAGAAAAGAAAAUAUAGUGUGUGAACUCACCAGAACACAUCUACACAUCAAGUGCAAAAUAAUUUCCACUGACACUUUUUAAAAUGUUGUUGCCCAUGUUGUUGGCAAAAAAACAUUGUUUCCUAGUAUGUUUAACAUCAUUAAAUAUGGGCAUAAAGUAUUAACUGAGAUUCUGCAUUAGAAUACUUGGUGAAAUGUGAUGCAUUCUUUCUGAGUAUAAUUAUGAGUAUUACAUGAAAACAGAACUGAAAAUGUUGAUAUUUUGCACCUACUUAACUAUUGGGUAAAUAUGAAGAUUUGUUUACCAUAUUGUUUACAAGAUGUUUUUUUUUCUUUCCCUUUUCACACAGACUUAUUUUUGACUUUAGUCGUAUGGAGUUUAUUUUCCAUGAUUAGCAGCUUUGCUUACUCUUAUCAAAUGGCAGAGUUCUUUGUGUUUGGAAAAUGUAUUGUGGUUUAAAAGAACUUUGAUUUAUUGCUUUCAAAAUUAAAAUGGAGAAAAGCA